CGGACAGGAUCCCGGCUCUGCUGCAUGGAUGCUCAGGCUCAGCAUCCUCAGUCUGCACAGCUCAGCGGAUCUGACACACUGACCGGACACCCUCUCCAGGCCACUUUACACUACACACUAGAGAGCUGCCAUGGCGAACAGAGGGCCGAGCUACGGCCUGAGCCGAGAGGUGCAGGCGAAGAUCGAGCAGAAGUACGACGUGGAUCUGGAGCAGCGGCUGGUGGACUGGAUCGUGGCUCAGUGCGGAGGAAACAUGGAGAGGCCGCAGCCCGGCAGGGAGAACUUCCAGAAGUGGCUGAUGGAUGGAACAAUCCUCUGUAGGCUUAUCAACAGCCUGUAUCCGAGGGGAAAGGAGCCUAUCAAGAAGAUCCUAGAGACACAGAUGGCCUUCAAACAAAUGGAGAAGAUCUCUCAGUUCCUGCAGGCGGCUGAAGCGUAUGGAGUCUCGACCACUGACAUAUUUCAGACGGUGGACCUCUGGGAAGGAAAGGACAUGGCAGCCGUGCAAAGAACUCUCAUGGCUCUUGGUAGCGUGGCUCUCACUAAGGACGACGGGCAUUACAGAGGUGACCGAGACUGGUUCAACAGGAAAGCCCAGGGGUAUCGUCGGGAGUUCAGCCAGGAGCAGCUCCGCCAGGGUCAGGGUUUGAUCGGCCUGCAGAUGGGCAGUAACCGCGGGGCUUCCCAGGCCGGGAUGACGGGCUACGGCCAGCACCGUCAGAUCAUGUAGACCCCUUACUAACCCCUGCUUCCAGACCUUGUUUUUCUACCACAAACGCUGUAGCCCCGAAACCUCCAUUUCUUCUGUAGCACCUGCCAUGUCAACCUCAAUCUCCCUGGAAUUGCUGCUUUCCCAAACCUAGUGUUUUAUCUUGAAACAAAUGAUGUCAAAUGCUGUAGAUCUUAAAAGUCCCCUCGCUUGUGCCACAUGCUCUUCCUCCUCGUUGUCUAAUGUCCAAACCUAACGAGAAACCUUAAAGUCAUCAAUUUAGUCUCAUUCCUUAAUUUAGUAUUAGAAUCUCUAUACAAACCAUCAGUGUUAUACAUCUGAAAGCCACUGUUAAGGCAUGCUGUAUGCUAUUUAUUUCCAUUUGUGUAUUCAUUUAUCAUUGUUUUAAAAUGAUCUUUUACUGUGUAAUUGUUUAGCCUUAAACCUAAUGGAACUCAAUGAAUGACGACGUCUCUGCUAUCUUGUCUUGAAGACUUGUUGCAGUAUCCUCUGUAACCAAAUCGACCUCACGUUGUGCCUGGUUAUGGGACUACAGAGACUGAGUCCUGGUACUUAGAAAUGAGUUCCCUUCAUUCUGAGCCACGCCCAUGUUAUUUGUUCUUUCGAUCACAUCUUUAAGUCAAUGUGCAGCCGCCAACACGUGUGAAAGACCCCAUUUCUGGUGCCAGGUAAAGACAUUGCUUGAAUGUGCACUUUUAUGUGUUGUCAUGUUUAUAUUUUUAAAUAUAUUUAUACCUGGAGGCUUGUGAGAAGGAUUAUUGAAGAAAUAAAUAAAGGAUGUGAACAUA